AGAGAGAGAGAGAGAGAGAGAGUUUGCACGUAUGUCACAGCGACUAUGGUGGAGGGCUGGUGAAGAUGAUGGCAGCUCUCUGCGAGGAUGGCACAUAUGGACUCAAUUGUGGCCGCAAGAGCGACAGAAUAUCAGUUUUACAUGUCAAACUGACAGAAUCAGCCUUUAAAGCGCUAGAAAACUACCAAAACUGUAAGAAUGCACCAUCCUCACAGGCGACGAUACGUUUUCAGGGUCUUCAAGGGCGCAUUAAAAUCCCAACGACAGAUGCUUCCGAUGGAUCUCAUAACUUUGACUUUUAUCUGUCCAACUUCGGCAAAGACAAUCCUCAAGGAAGCUUUGAGUGUAUCCACCAGUACAUAUCUAGCUCUGGAGCCCCCCAUCUGUCCUCCCAGGGAACGAUUCAAGACAAAAUCACAGUAUGUGCCACCAAUGACUCCUACCAGGUGACCAAAGUACGUGUGACCAAAGCAGAGGAGGAUAAAGGCAAGAACAGCACCAAAUUCAUCAAACCUGGAGGACCAUUCAGAGACAAAAAAAUCCAGCACCGAAAACCGGCCCCCUCAGCCCCUGACCCGGUUCCAGAGAGGAAGCAUACCACUCCCCUCAACCCAGCCAACACCAUCCGCAAGUGCCUUACCAACAACCCCGUAUCGCAGCGCCCGUACCGGGACCGCGUCAUUCACCUCCUUGCCCUGCGCUCCUACAAGAAGCUAGAGGUGCUCGGCAGACUGCAAAGAGACGGCGUCAGCCAGAAAGACCGCAACUCUUUGGGUACUACACUACAUCAGGUGGCCAAUCUAAACCCCAAGGAUAACUCGUAUUCGCUGAAGGACUUUAUCUUUCGUGAGGUCCAGAGGGACUGGCCGGGCUAUACGGAGGAUGAACGGGUUCAGGUUGACAGGAUCCUGGCACGGAAAUUGGGCUUGAAUUCAGAGUCUGUCUCAUCCAGCAGUCCAACCAAAGAGCCAACAUCCCCACUGAAACGCCAACCUGAGAUAGACUUCAUCGACCCUCUGAUGCCUAAGAAGCCCCGAAUCUCCCACCUCAGUAACCGAGGACCUUCCUCCUCAUCUGGUCGUCAUCCUUCGGAAGCAGAGGACAAAAAAAACGCACCCACGGCCGCCUGCCCUGGACCCUCUUUUCGCCCUCCCCCUGUCACAGGCUCUAGUUCAAAUUCCCCCAGCACGCCGGAGGGUCGGGGGUCACAGGAUCUGCCCCUGGACCAGAGCUCUAUAUGUGGGAACUCCUCGGAGAGCUACGCGCCCCGCAGCCACACGCCUAGCCCACCCAGCCAGCCAGUUUCCACGACUUCCCCCUCAUCCUUCUCCACCUGUACUGUCUCGACAACCACCAUCACCUCCACCACUACCACCAGCAGUGGCCACCACGUUUCCUCUGCCGCGUCUCCUACGGCCAGCCGUGACGGCAAUGGCAGCAAAAAGCCCAAGAAGUCCAAGAAGCACAAAGAUAAAGAGAGGAAGCGAGAAGGAGAGCGAGAGAUGGAUAAAGAUAAGGACCGGAAGAGGGAUAGAGCGCAUCGCAAGGAGGAUCACUGCGACAAGGAAGCACAGCCUAGAAAGAAACACCGGAAUGAGGCGGAACAUAAACACAUUCCUGUAAACAUCAGCCACGAAUCAGACAAAGAAGCUGGCAAAGACAAGCCUGUCAACAGCACUGAACUUCCAGUCCCAACAAAGCCUGAUUACAUAGUUAAGUACACUGCAGUGAUAUCUAUGGAUCAGAGGCAGCACUAUAAGGAUGACUUCAAUGCAGAAUAUGAUGAGUAUCGUAUCCUUCAUGCCCGUGUUGAGAGCGUUACGCGCCGUUUUACAAAACUGGACGCCCAGUGUAGGCGGCUAGCACCAGGAACUAAAGAGUACCAGGAAGUACAUGAACAGGUGCUGCAAGAAUACAAAAAAAUUAAACAACACAGCCCAAAAUACUAUGAAGAAAAACAGCGCUGCGAGUACCUGCACAACAAACUGGCCCACAUCAAAAGGCUCAUCGCUGACUUCGACCAGCGGAGGGCGCAGUCCUGGCUGUAGGGCACGGGACCAAGCAAACACCUCAGCCAAUCGGUGCGCUGCUCAGCCGGAGUACCAUCUUUAGGGGAGUGUGGGGAUCAAACAGCUCCUUAUUUAUUCUAUUUACAGAUUCCCCACUUGCCUGUUUCCCAUACCUGGCCUUCUUCAUCACUCAUUUUCUUCUUUUCUCACUUGUUCAUCCUUUCCCAUACCUUUUAUUCUUCAUUCUCUUUAUUUUUGAAGGACUUUUUGAAAGAAAAAAAGGACAACAAAAAAAAUUAAACAUUUUUGAAUGCAAAAAGAAAAGUUACGCAAUGCAAAACCGUGGGCCUUACAGCGCAUAUUUCUUGAAGCCUUUUGCACAGGGGUGAUUGAGCCAGUACAUGUGAAAAAAUGGCCAUAGAGGAGGGUGUUUCCAAGAGCCUCGAGACUUCAUUUCUCCCAGUGGCCCUGUUUUUUUUUUUUUUUUCUUUCUUUUUGAACAGCAUCAGUAUUCACACCCACAGUGCAAAUGAUGCCUUAAGGUAUUAAUAUAGACUUGCAAGCACCCGGGGCAGUGGGGAGAAGUUAUUAUGACCUGGUCGCAGGUCCACCGCACAUUCGUGGAAGUUGUGAGUGAUGUUUGUUUGUGUGAGUGAGUGAAAAGCGAGAAAGUGGCGAGUGUAAAUUGUCAGUGUUUUUGUUCGUUCUUGGGAAGGUCAGAAACUACAGGAAGAGAGAGGCUCGGGGAGGAGGGUUGGAUAUAGACUUAAAAGAGGAAAAAAAAAAACAGAAAACAAAAAUCCCCCAAAAAAAGCUGCUAUAUAAAUAUUUUUCUUUGAUCAGCCAGAGCCUUCGGGAUCAACCUGGCUCAUGUUACAUGUUCUUAAUUUGGGCUUGCUCUGUUUAAGAAAAUGAUCGAACCAUCUUGAAGGCAAAGGUGCUACUGAUUUAUAAAGGAAAUGCAUCGAGCAGAGGCAGACCUGUAUAUCCAUUUCAAAUGUAUUCAUUAAUUAUUGCAAGUCUCAGAGCAGAGUUAUUUAUGAAAUAUGAAUAGCAAUAUAUAUUAUUUGUUUUUGUUUUUUUGUUUUGAAUUAAAAGGAAUUGCUGGAAUUGAGUAUUGAAAAAGAUACUGAUCAAAUUUAUGAAAAAGUAAAGUCUUUAUUUCACGGUGAUAAACUUCUUAAAGAUUAAGGGAAACGUUAUGUUUACAAAACCUGUGUGGUAGGAAGUUUUGCCAAAAAAAAAAAAAAAAAAGUAAUAAAAAGGAAAGAAAAAACCUUUCAAUCCUAUGUUGAUGGUCUGGAAUAAGACGCGUUUCUCUGAGCGACACUUUGGUAUCUUCAAGGAGAUGGUGGUCGAACACUUAGUGUCCUCGUAUAUUUAUUUUCUUUGAUCUUUGUUUCGGGAAAAUAUUCAGAAUGCAGCUUUGUGAAUCGGCCUUGAAAAUAACAUUGCUUGCAAUUACGGAAAUUCUCACUGGAUCAAAUAGCUCCGUGGUGGAUUCUGAUUGGCUAGUUGAUUCUUGAGGCUUGCUGCAUCGUAUUUGCACAUUUUAAGAUGUCGUUUUGAGAUCUGAAAACAAAUUAUCUCUCUCGUCUUAGAAUCACAUUUAUUCCAUUAUUUUCCAGUGUUGUAAAUUGAAAUUUAAAAACCUGAGUGAGCCAUUCUCAAAAUAACCAUUGACAAAUGUUGGUUUUCAGUAUUUGGGUCGGCAGAUGGCAUCUUAUCUGCUUCUUUAAGGGACUCACCAAGAUGUUCUGUCGUGUGAGCUUCUGUUCAUUUUAGUCCCCGUUUAUAGACUGAUUGCAAUGUCUGAUGACAACCAAAUACGAGUCAUGGCUAUUUAACAGAGAAAUUUAGCAGCACUUUACUUCUCAGAUGCUUAUUUCCUCAGCAUUCAAAUAGCCUCCACACUGAACCCUAAAGAUUUGGGAUGACACUAAGAAGUGUUGCUUGGAACGGAGAAUGUGCAUCUACACAUAGAACUUGGUAUCGUUGUAAUUUGGGUUGGGUGGGGAAGUAUUUGGUGUGUGUGUGUGUGUGUGUGUUUGACCAACACCUGUUUUCUCUGACACCACUAAUGAGAGAUGUUAAUGUUGGAUAAUAAGCCAAGAAUCUCAUAACACUGUCAUCUCUUGUUUUAAAGGUGGGAUGGGGGUUGUUUCAGACUGUAAGAGAAUUCCUGACCUGUCCACCUAAAAAUAUAUUAAAUCAGUUCAAUAAAAUGUGAACUUGACAAUGUA